AUGCCCAAUAUUUACCCUACGUACAUGCACUACCAGUACCGCGUAUAUCCUGAUGUUCAGCUCAUUCACUUUGCUAUUACCAGUCAAGACGAUAAAGUCGCCGAAGAACAAGAUAAUCGCGACGUGCUCAUUUUGAUGGAACAGGUCAUCACCAAACGGAGCGACGUGGCGCCGUUCUUGGAGUUUGCGAGCAAUGUUACUGACCCGAGAGGAGAAGGCGAUGAUUUUCUCCUGAUUCAACUGGGAUUGAUCCAGAGGACGCUGGCAGGAAACUAUGAUGGGUAUAUCAAUCUUCCUGGUCUUCGUGACCGGGCUGUGGACAUGCGGCACGAAGGCGCAGAGACCAUACCGAGGAACCUGAUGAAGUUGCUGCAUGCAGACCUAGCGAAGAAAGAGGCGAUGGCGAAGGUUCUGGAAGAUCUCCCCGUUGAUAUGGGUGAAAGGAGACAUGCGGGCAAGAAGGCCCGGAGAAUCAUGGUGAUGCGGUUUGUAAAGAGGAAAUUGGAGGUCCUGGAUGCCAUAGGAGAGUUUGUUGCAGAAGAAUCCACGGACGACGAAACGAGGGUCACUGGGAACAAGGAUGCGAGACGAGUGGUGUGGAUUUAUGAAUACCGAUCCGCAACUCGCUCCAUUGUGACAGUUGAGGAAUAG